AUGUUCGCUUUCUUAUUGUUGAUCUUCGCUGGGGCCGCAAUCGCUGCGACUACUGCACCGACUGUGACUGUGAAGAAUGGAACUCUAAGAGGCAUAUACAGCUCUCAAUGGGAGCAAGAUUUCUUCCUAGGCAUACCAUAUGCCCAACCACCCUUAGGACCACUUAGGUUCAAAUGGCCGCAGCCACUGAAUACGACGUACAACGGCACCCGAGAUACAACCUCUUACGGGUAUAGUUGUUACCAGUAUGGGAGCAAUUUCAAUUUAUCCGAAGACUGUCUUACACUGAACGGUACGUUGAUCCUCUCGGUGGCGGUUAUUAAGGCUGCUCUAAAGCAGAUCCUAGUCGUUCGCCCAUCCGGACAUCAAGAUCAGGCUCUACCCAUUCUGCUAUGGAUCUUUGGGGGCGGCCUGACCGCAGGUUCGAGCGCUGAUCCUCAAUACAACAUCAGCGGCAUUGUCAAGACUGCAUCGGACUCCGGUCAGCCUCUGAUUGGGACACCAUUACUGCUCAACGAAGGCUCGCUGAAUGCUAGACUUCUGGAUCAACGCAUGGCCAUGCAAUACGUGCUGGAGAACAUUGCCGCAUUCGGAGGCGAUCCUGCACGGGUCACUAUCUGGGGUGAGAGUGCUGGUGCUCAGUCGAUCGGUCUCCAUCUUCACAGCUUCGGUGGCAGAAACGACGGCCUGUACUCGGCAGCAAUAAUGGAGUCAGGUGGACCUGUAGGGACUUCAUUGAACCCAUUGCCGUUCUACUCGGUCGCCUUCGAAAACCUGACGAGGACGGUCGGCUGCUGGACCAGCUCCAAUCAGCUCGGAUGCCUGCGUAAUCUGACAUCACAGCAGCUGUUCAACAGCAACUACACUGUUGUUUGGAAUCCGAGCGUUGAUGGCACGUUUCUCACCGCGUAUCCUUCGACACUGGCAGCAAACGGAAGCUUCGUCCGCGUUCCGAUCUUGACGGGCGCCAACAGCGACGAAGGCAUCUCUUUCAGCACGCACGGCUUGGACAAUUCCACCGCCAUCUUCGACAAUCUGCUCUACUGGUGCAACUAUGCGCUCUCGCCACCAUCUAUUACGACAUUACUCAACCUCUAUCCAAAUAAUCCAUCUAUCGAGCCGCCAUACAGAGACCGCACCAACACAACCUACCCAGGGUAUGGCCUCCAAUGGCGUCGUGACGCUGCGAUCGGAGGUGACCUUGUCAUCAUCGGACAACGGCGCAAGACGUGCGGAGAGUUCGUCAUAGGCGGUAUCAACGAUGUCUACUCUUACCGCUUCGACACUCCACUAUGGAACGCCACCGCACCAGUCAGCGUUUAUCACUUCGUCAACGUGGUGUUUUCGUUCCAGAACAUCUCAGGCGCUCUUGGCCCGCUUCCGGAGUACGAGAGCUACAAACACCUGGCCACUUGUAUUGGCAGAGCUUAUGCUAGCUUUGUUAGCAGUCAUCAGCCGAAUGGAGCUGUUGUUGAAGGAGAAUACACCAAUGGCAAUGUGACGGGCCUGCCACUGUGGCCGAAGUACGACCUGAGCGCGCCGAAAAACAUGGUACUCAACGCUAAUGGCAGCUAUGUUGAGGACGAUACUUGGAGAAGAGAAGGCAUUGCUUUCAAUAACAGCAUUAGUAGGGAGCUAUUGGCAUGA